UCCCCCUUCCCCCUUUCGAUCCAUCCAAUCCACAUAUAAAAUGUCUCUCCCCCCCUUCCCCUGUUCUCAUUCAUCCUUCGAAGGCGUGCCAUCUUCAGCUCUCAUUACUCUCUCUCUCUCUCUCUCUACAAACACGCAGACAAAUCACAUCAUCAAUCACUCUGUUCCUUGCAUGCUUCUUCCUUCAUAUUCUUCCUCAUCUCUCGUUCCCCGGUUGCCCCCACUUUCCCAUACCAGUCCCACCUCCAAAAUCCAAGCUCUGAGCUUUUCCCCCCUCUGCCCAUAAUUUGGUCUCUGCAACACAACACCCCUCGCUGACACAAUGUAUAGGCCCGAGAGAGCUUCCCGAGCCGACAGGUUCCUCCACGACAGGCAAAUCCCAUCUUUCUCCUCGACCCUGCUGGAUAAAAUCUACCGCUCCAUUGACGAGCCCGAAGCGGAGCUCGGCGCGCCGAAAAGCGGCAGGCAGAGCAAAUGCAGCGGGAGGGGCAGUAGUAGAAUCAUCCAGGAUCCCGAGAUCGACGGGAUUCUACGGGCUUGCUUGGCCGAGGAGAUGGCGGGGAGGAAGGUUCGUGGAAGGGAGAGGCAGGUUUCGGCUGAACUGGACAGGAAAAUGAAGGCCGGUGAUGAUUUUUUCAGUUCGAAUUCGAGCUCCUCGGACUCGAGCUACGGCGGGUUCUCGUCCUCGGACACGGAGUCGAUGCAUGAUCUGAAGCCAUGGGUAUCGAGUUUUGUCCCGCCGCCGAUCCCGAGGCCGAAGCCGGUGAGGACCAGCGUGUCCUCUGCCCAAUCGGAAAAGUCGGGCAAAACGGAGAAGAAGACGGAGGAGAAACAGAGGAGGACGGCCCCGGCUAUGUUCGAUUACUGCCAUCGCUAUCCUUCAAUGGACGAAGCUCAACUUCAACAUGACGAAGGCAUAAUCAAAUCGAAAUCGAGGGCAUUGAAGAUCUAUGCAAACCUCAAGAAGGUGAAGCAGCCGAUAUCUCCGGGAGGCCGUCUCUCGAGCUUCAUCAACUCCUUAUUUACCUCUGGAAACGUGAAGAAGCCGAAGAGCUAUGAUGACUCGAACAUGGAGAGGAAAUCCAAGUCAGUGCAGGCCUCGACUUGCUCGUCGGCCUCCUCAUUUUCUCGGUCCUGCCUAAGCAAGAAUUCACCCGGCACGAGGGAGAAACUGCGGGACGGCGCUAAGAGGACAGUCCGGUUCUACCCCGUGAGUGUGAUCGUGGAUGAAGACCUCAAGCCCUGCGGCCACAAAUGCUUGUACGGGCAAGAUGAAACCACUUUGAUGUCAGCUUCAGUGCCAUGUAAUCGAAAAGCAAGAUCACUGGGGAGAAAAGUCGAGAAGGCCGAGGAGGAGAUUCGACACAAUGGGGUGGUGGAGAAGGCACGGAGCGUGGAGGCGGCCGCAAGAGACUUCCUGGGGGAUUAUCAUCGGAAUCAGAAGCGGACUAGGAGCAGUCCUCGUGAGACUUACCGGACCCAUGGACGUAAGGAUGCUUAUGAUGAGGACGAUGAUGAUGCUGCAAGUUGCUCGAGCUCGGACUUAUUCGAGCUUGACCAUCUUGCGGUUAUAGGCAGUGAUAGUCGGUAUUGCGAGGAGCUUCCAGUGUACGAGACCACUUGGGUCGGUAGAAACCUCGCCAUUGCUAAUGGCUUGGUAGUGUAAAAAUUCUGAUUUCAUAAGACAGAACAGUGCUUACAUUUUUCAUUUCCUCUCCCCCAACGUACACAUUUCCUCAAGUUUGUUAUCGACUAUCAAGAAUUUCGAUCGAUUUUGAUUA